UCGCUGACUUUUUGUUUACAUCCGGACCGGCUGAUGUGACCGAAACCAAUAACUCCGUCGAAGCGAUGUCGUUUUGUUCUUUCUUCGGUGGCGAGGUCUAUAAAGACCACUUUAAACCAGGGAUCUAUGUUUGUUCCAAAUGUGACAAUCAGCUUUUCUCCAGCCGUUCCAAGUAUGAACAUUCAUCUCCAUGGCCGGCCUUCACAGAGACCAUCCAUGAGAACAGUGUGUCCAAACAUAAAGAGAGCAGACCUGGAGCAUACAAG